AAGGCCAACUUGUGUGGCCACAGUCUGGUGAAGGACCUCAGAGAGCCAGAAAGACAGAGUGAGAGAGAGAAAUAGAAAAUAUAAUUACCAUGAGGCUCAUCUCAAACUCAAUCUGCGGAGGUCUGAUCCUACUGCUGGGGACUGACAUACUCUGGAUGGCUUGUGCAGCAUCACAGAACCGCUGUGACCAGAACAUCCAGGUGGUGACUAAAUCAAAGUGUCAUUCCUGCUCCUUGACGUCUUUAGUUAAAUGUCCUGAUGACUACACCAAGAGGCAGCCGGAGAAAAGUACAAGGGACUGCAGGUAUCACAUCACAAUGGCUUUGUCUGUCAAGGGCUGUUCGUUCGAGUGUUACAAAGACACGGUGGAGCCCAAGUGCUGUUCAGGUUAUUGGGGCAAUGACUGCAUUGAGUGUCCUGGAUCAGCAGCGACUCCCUGCAGCAGUAAUGGAGUCUGCUCUGAUGGUAUAGCAGGCAAUGGGACUUGCACAUGUGCACCAGGUUUCAUCGGAACAGCUUGCGAGGAUUGUAAAGCGAACUUAUAUGGACCCUUAUGCAGUAACGUGUGUAGUUGCAAGAAUGGCAUAUGUCACAGUGGUGUAAAGGGCACAGGGCAGUGUACAUGUCUGUCUGGGUACACUGGCAUAGACUGUGAUCGAGAACUCCCAGCAUGUGCUGCUUUGCGGUGUGGGCCAAAUUCUCGUUGUAUUGAGGACAUGUCCACAGGGCAGCUUCUGUGCAGGUGCAAACCUGGUUAUCAAGGUGAUGGAACCCAGUGUACAUCAAUUAACCCCUGUUUGAGAAGCGUGUGCCAUGCAAAUGCAGUGUGUGCGCAUACAGGACCGAACCAGCAUGUCUGCACAUGUACACAAGGCUACAGUGGCGAUGGUCGUGUCUGCAUGCCCAUUGACCCAUGCCAGACAGACCUGGGCAACUGCACAUCUGGCUCUACACGCUGUGUGUAUGAUGGCCCUGGAAAGUCUCACUGUGAAUGUUUGGAGGGAUUUGAGAAGUUUGUUGAAGGGAAGGGCUGCAGUGUAAAAGAUGUGUGCAAACCAGACUCUUGCCAUAAAUAUGCCACCUGUGCCACAGUGGAAUCAGGAACAGUCGACUGUAAGUGCCAUGAAGGUUACCUUGGAAAUGGAAAAAUAUGCUUUGGGAACAUAAUUCAGCAGCUGCAGGACUUGAAUUCGAAGCCAGGAGGAGAGUGGACGGGUCAACUUUCCAGUGCCAUCACACUGUUCAAUAAACUCAUGUCAUGGCCCUUAACCUCCCUUGGACCAUUUACUGUGUUUGUACCAGUGAACAAGGCUUUUAAGGGCACAUCUGUGAAAACCCUGCUGGCUAACGGGAUGAGAGCUCGCUAUCUUGCUAAGCUGCACAUGGUUGCGGGAGAGGUGAACUCUGACUCACUGAAGAAGGGAAUCCUCUACUACACUCUGACCGGCAUGGCUGCCGAAUCAUUGACAGAUGAAGGGCAGAUAAAAAUCCGUCUUCAUGGCAGCCGUAAGAAAGGAACGCUUGUGGAGACGGAUAUCUUUGCCUCAAAUGGAAUCAUUCAUUUGACUGAUAAGCUGAUAGAAGCGGUUCCUUCCACUGUAAUAAGCAAGAAAGAGGAAAACCUGUUGCAGAUUCUCUCAGGAAAUGGAAAAUUCUCUCAGUUUAAAUCUCUGCUUGAGAAAAGCAAUGUGGCAACUGUUUUAGAAGAAGAAGGACCUUACACACUUUUUGCUCCAACAAAUUUAGCCUUUACCUUCCUGAAGCCUGGCUAUUUAGACUUCCUUACCUCAGAGGAGGGUAAGACAAGACUACUUGAACUGAUGCGCAAUCACAUAGUGACCACUUCUCAGCUGAGUGCCAGCUUCCUCGUGUCAAAUCCUCGUGCUGUGACCUUGGCUGACCAGGUCCUGACAUUUAAUGUAACAAAUGCUGGGCAGAUCCUGGUCAAUGGGGAGUCUGUUCUAGAACUGGAUGUUGAAGCGAAGAACGGCCGUCUUCAUUCACUGGAGGGGCUUCUAAUCCCUCCGUCCAUAGAGCCCAUCAUACCUCACAGGUGUGACAUCAAAGAAACCAAUGUUUUUAAGGGUCCAUGUGUUAGCUGUACACUUGUUUCCAAAUCUACCUGUCCAACUGGUGAAUCACUGGAUGUAUUCACCAGAGGCUGUGUAUUCAAAAAGGAUACUUUUGGCAUAAUCACACCCACCCUUGGCUGUUCCCUCUCCUGCAAUGUAACAAAGACUACCCCUCAUUGCUGUAAAGGCUUUUUUGGACCAGACUGUUCCCCGUGCCCAGGUGGUUUCACUGCCCCUUGUUCCUCUCAUGGGACGUGCUCAGAGGGCAUAGAUGGAAAUGGCACGUGCCAUUGUGAGCCCAAUUUCAAAGGAUCACGGUGCCAGUACUGUGCCAACUCCAACAAAUACGGCCCAUUCUGUGACAAAACCUGUGGAUGCAUACAUGGCGUGUGUGAUAACCGUCCAGAGUCUAGUGGUAAAUGUAAGCAGGGCUCUUGUAAAGAGGGUUAUACUGGAGAGUUCUGUGAGCAGCAGACCCAGUUGUGUGGGCCCAACCAACCCUGCCAUGCCCAUGCUAACUGUGUGCCCAAUAAGGGAGCAUUCACGUGCGUGUGUAAGCCUGGUUUUCAAGGAGAUGGAUACAUGUGUUUUGAAAGCGAUCCCUGUGCUUUGCCACAUCGUGGAGGUUGCAGCAUUAAUGCCAAAUGCAUAAAGACCGGUCCUGGCACACACACGUGCCAGUGUCUGAGUGGGUGGAGAGAGGAUGGAGAUGAGUGCCAGGCCAUCAAUAACUGUCUGGAUCCAUCUAAAGGAGGAUGUCACCCAAAUGCCACCUGCAUCUAUGUAGGCCCAGGACAGAGUGACUGUGCUUGCAAAAGUGGUUACCAUGGUAAUGGGAGGAAUUGUGAACCUGUCAAUCAGUGUGUGGAGCAGAAGGGUGGAUGUCAUUUUCUGGCCACCUGUCAGUUCCUGAACCCAGGUGGAUGGCAGUGUGUGUGUGAGGACAGUUAUGCUGGUGAUGGAAAAAUCUGUUAUGGAACCAUAGCACAGGAGGUGGCAACGAACCCAAAUCUUUUAGAAUUUAACCUCUGGAUCUCACGAGCUGAUCUUUCUCAGCUGCUGUCAGAGACAGAAAAUUACACACUCUUCAUCCCAUCGGCUCAGGCCACAGAGAAACUGAGUCAAGAAGACAAAGACUUUUGGAUGACCCGCAGUAACCUUCCAAGUCUUGUCAAAAGUCACAUUGUUUCUGGGUUAUAUACUGUCAGCGAUCUCUGUGCAUCCCCUUCCCCACGACUGGUUUCCCUUUUAAAAAGGACACUUCCUGUUUAUUCAACCAAUGAUACAGCUGUUGUUGCAGGAGGAAAAAUAACUAUUGGAGAUAUGGCAGCAAAGAAUGGAGUUAUCCAUUUUAUUGACAAAGUGUUGAUGCCUGAGCGACAGAUGAGUGAAGGUUUACUGGAGGUGUUGAGUCACAGAGCUGAUCUCUCUCUCUUCCGGAGCUCUCUCUUAAAACACAACCUGACAAAUGAAAUGGAGGAGUCUUCGGGCUUUACCAUGUUUGCUCCGACAGACAGCGCGGUCCGAGAAUACCUCAGAAGAAUGGGCAAGGAGUCACUGGAUUUGAAUGUGACCCAGUAUCACAUUAUAAUGUCUGAGACUCUAAAAGAUGGAGAUUUGGUGGAUGGACUGUAUAAAGAUACCAUGCUUGGCUUCUCGUAUCAACUUGGAAUUUUCCGGCAAGAUAAGAAAUUGCUUGUAAAUGAGGCUGAGGUGAACGUGACUGAUAUAGAGACCAGUAAAGGUGUUGUCCACACUGUGUCUGCUGUCCUGAGCAUCCCAAACAACCGCUGUGACAGAGCUACCAGCAAAAUUAUCAUGGAACGUUGCAUGGACUGUUUCCACCCAACUGAGAACCUUUGCCCUUCAGGAACAAAAGGACUGAUGAGCCUAAAGAGAAGAUGCGUGUACUUUCGAGUAUAUCAAGGAAAGCGAUUUCCUAACAUUGGAUGCAAAGCAUCUUGUGAAAGAGUCAACAUUGAAAGAAAGUGUUGUGCAGGUUAUUAUGGUAUUAACUGUGAGAAGUGUCCGGGGCCAGAAGGUCAGUCCUGUUUUGGCAAUGGUGUGUGUGUAGAUGGGAUCAAUGGCACAGGCGUCUGUCAGUGUAACCAGGGUUUUAACGGCACUGCAUGUGAGACUUGCCAAGCUGGGAAAUAUGGAGCUCACUGUGAUCAAGAGUGCAAGUGCGUCAACGGACGCUGCAAAGAUGGAGUGUAUGGAGAUGGCAGCUGUACGUGUGAUCUGGGCUGGAGAGGAAUAAACUGCAAUGUUGCUAUUACAUCAGAUGUGUGCGGAGGAAAAUGCCACAGCAGUGCCAACUGUUUGCUGAAAGUGGUGGACAGUACAUAUUACUGUAGUUGUGCUGCAGGGUUUCAGGGCAACGGCACAUAUUGCACAGCGGUGGAUGCAUGUGCAGAGAAUAACGGUGGCUGCUCUGUCCAUGCUGUGUGCAAGCGAACUCUCCCAGGACGGAGAAUAUGCAUGUGCCACCCGGGUUAUGCCGGCGAUGGAAAAGUAUGCAUUUCGGUCAAUCCAUGCCUGGAUGAUAAUAAUGGGGGAUGCCAUGCAGACGGUGAAUGCGUUCAUACAGGCCCUAAUAAGACAGCAUGUUAUUGCAAACUAGGCUUUUCUGGGGAUGGAAAGCAAUGUGAAGCUAUCAAUGUCUGUCUUGAGAAAAACGGAGGAUGUCACAGGUAUGCCCAAUGUACCAUGACAGGACCCCUGGAAAGGAACUGCACUUGUGGGCCUGGUUUUAUUGGAAAUGGAGAAAUUUGCAAAGGCACCCUGCAAAAAGAGAUUCGAAACCGAAACUUAGACUUCUACACUGGACUGGUGAGAAAUAUUAUACCUGAACUUGGAAGUCGUGGUCCCUUCACAGUCUUCGCACCCAAUGCAGACGCUUACAACAAACAAGAGUUUAAGGACAUUGUAAAGCGGACUCGUUCGGAAAACGCCAAAAUCCUGAGGUACCACAUAGUGGCCUGCCGUGCCCUCCUCCCAGAAGACCUCAUGCAGCCUCGUAACCUGACCACACUUACCGGUGACAUCCUCACCAUUACAUACUCGGGGGAUACUAUAUACAUCAAUAAUAAAGCCAAAGUGGUGUUCAGUGAUCUGGAAAGUAGCAACGGGAUUUUCCAUGAGAUUGACACUGUUCUAGUGCCCCCUGGUUUUCAGAUUCAGAAAGACAGAGGACAAGACAGCACACCACAUAACCUCUCAGAUGUGGUCAGUCUCCAUGGCUUCAAGACAUUCUACAAGCUUCUGGAGGACACAGAUACGUUGAAGUUGGUGAUGGAUCCAAUUCAUCAGCCUGUCACUCUGUUCCUGCCCACGGAUGCUACAAUGAGCGCCCUUGCCCAAGAGCAAAAAGACUUCCUGUAUGCGAUGCAUAACCGUGAUCAACUAGCUGAGUAUCUUAGAUAUCACAUCGUGCGUGACACCAAGCUAAUGCCCUCAGAGCUCAUCCAUGCCAGCUCUUUAAAGACUCAACAGGGCUCAGAUCUGUCAGUGGCCUGCAUGGGGGAAGAGCAUAUAGGAGAGCUUUAUGUGAACCAUAAAAGCUGUCGGAUUUUAAAGAGAAACCUUGAUUUCAAUGGAGGCAUGAUUUAUGGCAUUGACUGUCUGCUGAAUCCUCCGAGCGUCGGGGGGCGCUGUGACUAUAAGCACACCAUUGAUUUCACUUUGGCAUGCAGGUAUUGUGGUCGUGCUAUUUUGGAUUGCCCACUUGGAAGUAAGCCAAAGUCAGAACAAAAGUGUGUCCUUCCGGAUUCGCUGAUGUCUGGGAUUUCAGGAUGUCAGUCAACAUGUACAGUGGUCGUAUGGAAGCCCAAGUGCUGUUCUGGGUACUACGGCAGAGACUGCCUUGCAUGUCCUGGGGGUCCAGGAUCCCCUUGCAGUAACAAUGGCAAGUGUGAUGAGGAUCAUUUAGGCAAUGGCACCUGCACUUGCGAUGCUGGAUUCACAGGUGUAGCCUGUGAGCUGUGUGUGGAUGGCCAUUUUGGACCAGAUUGCAAAGCCUGCAACUGUACAGAACAUGGGUCAUGUGAUGAGGGUCCUAAAGGUACCGGUUCAUGUUUUUGUGAACAGGGCUGGACUGGUCCACGAUGUGAGAACAAACUAGCCGAUGGUCCUGUCUGUAAUCCGGCUUGCCAUGAGAAGGGCGUCUGCAUGAAGAAUAACACCUGUGUCUGUAAACCCUUCUAUGAAGGAGAUGGUCUCACCUGCACAGUGGCCAAUAUGUGCAAGUACUGGAACGGCGGCUGUUCUAAGGAUGCUAAAUGCAGUCAGAAGGGGGAGAAGGUGAGCUGCACGUGUUUCAAAGGUUUCUCUGGCGAUGGCUUUGAGUGCUCACCGGUCGACCCCUGUGCUGAUGGUGAAAACGGUGGGUGUCACGAACACGCUACCUGCACCAUGACUGGAGCUGGAAAGAGGAAGUGUGAGUGUAAAGACAACUAUAUUGGCGAUGGGAUUGAGUGUGAAGUGAAGCAGUUGCCAGUCAGUCGCUGUCUACAGGAUAAUGGACAGUGCCAUUCAGAUGCUCAGUGCACGGACCUGCACUACGAGGAUAAAACACUGGGGGUUUUCCAUUAUCGCUCUUCAAAGGGAACAUACAAGCUCAACUACACAAUGGCUCAGGAGGCCUGCAAAGAAGCAGCAGGAACUAUCGCUACCUACACCCAGCUGUCCUAUGCCCAGCAGGCUGGUUAUAGCAUGUGCGCAGCAGGCUGGCUUGACAAAGCAAGGGUAGCAUAUCCCAUGAGCUUCUCUAACCCUCAGUGUGGCUUUGGACAUGUGGGGAUUGUGGACUAUGGCAUCCGCAGUAAACUGAGUGAGACGUGGGACACGUUCUGCUAUAGAGUGAAAGAUGUGAAGUGUGAGUGUAAAACUGGCUACAUUGGUGACGGAUACUCCUGUACAGGAAACUUGCUGCAGGUUCUCUCAGCCAGACCAACCCUGUCUAACUUCUUGUCUCAAAUCCUGAAUUACUCAACUUCAGCAGCAGGAAAGGAGUUUGUGAAUCGCCUAAGUAACAUUACUAUCCAGUCCACUCUCUUUGUACCUGAUAAUGAUGGUCUCUUUAGCAAUCAGACUUUGAGCAGCAGAGACAUAGAGCACCAUCUAUUGGAUGGGAGAGCAUUAGUACUGCAGGCGCUUAUUAACAUCACUCAUGUCCGAACACGAUUGGGACACAGCCUGACCAUCACCGGCGUGUCUGAUUUCCAAAACCUUCAAAUGAUGAUCUCCUCUGGAUCCAUCAACGACCGAUAUGUCAUAGACUCUGACAUUUUGGCAUCCAAUGGGGUCAUCCAUGUUCUGCAGGGCCCAUUGAAAGCACCUCCUCCUCAACCUCCAUCCAUCCACGUGGCUCAUAAGGCUUGGGUGGGCAUCGGCAUUCUGGGGCUCAUCAUCCUCAUCGUAGCAGCUGCAUUUGUGGGAUACAAUUUCUACACACAUAAAACAAAGCCAUUCCAGUUCCAUUAUUUCAAGGAGGAUGAGGAUGUGAAUCUAUCAGAAUCAAAUCCAAACAUCAGUAAUCCUGUAUAUGACUCUUUACCUGCCACAAAAGAACAAACUCCAACCGUCAGCGAAUCAAACGAAGAAGACAAGCAUCAGGUGAUUUCCAGUGGAUCCUAUGGCCUCCUUCAGGACAGCUGAAAUCAGCAUGUCAUGCAUAAGCUAUGGAAUAACUUCAAUCUUCUCUGUAGCAGAGCAGUGGGACAUUCUGCUGCAGUUCUCUUUGAGAAUACAAGAGGAAGCUGUGAACUCCAUGUCACAGUGAUGGGACAGUGGAACAAUAACGCUAGACUGAGAAACCAAUCUGAAUCUACUGAAGUUGUGUAUGCAUGUUCUCUUUUCUUUUUUUGGAUGAGAGAUUAUUUGAAUGUGUUAAUGUUUUGAACUUAGUUACCAGCAGUCUCUAAAUUCUGUUGUACUACAGGCAUUAAUAAAUGUCCAACAUUUAUUAAAACAAAAUGUUUUAAAUAACUGUCCUGCUCAAAGCACAAAUUAAAUGAAAAAGAGAUUA